GCACGGAACCGCAAAGCCUGCCGGGAGCUGGGUGUGCGAUGGCGACACCCAGCCUGCGGGGUCGCCUGGCGCGGUUUGGGAACCCUCGGAAGCCUGUGCUGAAGCCCAAUAAACCUCUCAUUCUAGCUAACCGCGUCGGGGAGCGUAGCCGGGAGAAAGGCGAGGCGACUUGCAUCUCGGAGAUGGCGGUGAUGAUGGCUUGCUGGAAGCAGAAUGAAUUCCGCGACGAUGCGUGCAGAAAAGAGAUCCAGGGCUUCCUCGAUUGUGCCGCGAAGGCUCAGGAAGCCCGAAAGAUGAGAUCAAUACGAGAGUCUGGGAGUUUACCUCCAAAUAAAUUGAAUAAAUUGUUACAGAGGUUUCCUAACAAACCUCACCUCAGCUGAAAAUGGACAAGUAUUUUCAAUGACUGAAAUAUAGCUUCUGACAACUAUGCGGAGGCAUUUUAGAGACAUUGGCAUUGCCAUGCCCUCUUUGGAGGGUAGAAGAGACAAGACACUUUUUUCACCCUUUGGAAUCAUAGUAUGGGUAGAAGUUAUGAUUUAUCUUGAAAUAAAAUCCUCUGAAGAGAA